AUGUCGGUCUCCUCCUUGAACGAUGACUGGGUCAAGUGCCGAGCGCCAAAGGAGCUGCAGAGCGACAUAUUUACAUGGACUACGUCAAUUUCACGCUCCCGCGUGUCUACCGUAGACGGCCUCGGAUUCAGCGAAAAUGUCGACGUGGAGUCCAUGAAUAGCCUGGAGAGCCUCCUCCACACAGUGCAACAAUUGAAGCUGAAACGACUCCGAGCGGAUGACUUGGAGGACAUCCGCUUUGUGGCCGCAGGAGAGACCUUUGCCGUGUCAGAAUGCAAGUAUGAAGGCACUGUCGUCGCUAUCAAGCGCAUCCGGCUCAACGAGGAAGGUAAAAUCUUCGAGCGUUCAUACUUCCAGAGGCGACUGCAAUCUAUCUUGCGCGAGGUCCUGAUUAUGUGCCACCCACCGCUGGUUCACCAUCCUAACAUAAUUGAUAUCUUGGGAUAUGGGUGGAGUGUCGAAAGCCAACGCCCGUCACCGUUCAUCUCGGUUGAAUUUGCCUCGAAAGGGACGCUCAGGGAAUACAUGAGGGACAAGGUACGCCCCAUCCGGACGAAAUUGGUCCUCAUGGGAGAUGUAGGCACAGGGAUUAUGGCGCUACACAAGUGUGGAAUUGUACAUGGGGAUCUGAAGAUGGAUAACAUUGUGGUCUUUUCGUCAUUGGAUCGCCCCUGUAUGUCGAUCGCGAAGGUGUCUGAUUUCGGCCAUUCCAUUAUUGUGGGAUCUGCUUCGGAGAAACGAAAACAAUAUUUCGGGACAACCUUAUAUAACGCGCCCGAAGUUGCCGAGCAGAACGAGCAGCCUAUUCCGAUUGAACAGCUUCAUAAAUGUGAUAUCUGGGCAUUCGGCCUCUGUGCAUGGGAGAUAUUGGCAGAUGGACAGCUUUAUUUCCAACGAAGCUGGCGCAAGAAUCCUCUGUACGAACGUUCUUCUUCCCAGUCCACGUCAUUGACAUCGGCGACCGGCUCAGAGGCCCGCGAUGAAAUCACCAUCGACGAGGAUGAUCAGCAUGUUUUUGGUCGGUUUGAUCUCUCCUACCUCAAGGCUCUUGCUAUUGAGUUUGUGAACAGCAUGGAUAUUCCUGGGAUUGGCUUUGAGAAAGGAUUUCUUCGGCCCCUGAUGGAUCGUACUCUGCAAGUGGACCCUGCUCGAAGGAUCUCAGACCUCAGUCGUCUCCCGAUCAUUGUGUCAUGGCACAAGACCCCCGGUGGGCAUUCCCUUCAGUCAAAGCUUGCAACAUAUGCCAUAUCUGGAGACAUACGAUACUCGAUAUUCAGUAGGGAUACCGGGCCCUACAUCAUUUGGGAACAGCAGCAGCAACUUUUGCAGGACUUUGAAGCAGUGGCCCAGCGGCCCCAAGCGGAAAAAGACGACAGUUCUAUGGCUUUUCAAACCAUGCUGUGCUAUGUCAAUGCUUUUGGAACAACUCAGAAUUUGACAAAGGCCACCUUGUUCCUUCAAAUGGCCGAGGGGGCUGGCAACUUGAUCGCUCGCAUACUGGGAGCUCGGAUGCUCGAUGGCUUUUCUAACGAAUCCAUCGCUGAGAGAAGAAAGUAUAAUGAAUGCCUCGCUUUGGGCUUCAGGAUCAUCCGACAGCCUGGACCAUUAUCUACUAUCGUUGCACAUAGCGGUGAAUCCGUCACAAAGUUCAUCAGCUACGCCGACUUCCGUGAAGCCUUUAUUGAGGAGAGACGGGAAGCAGGAAAAAACAGCCAAGACAAGAUUCUUCAGGCUUUUGUCACUUUGGAUGCUUCUUCCUUGCAAUACAAUUUGCUAGAAAUUGCCAUUCAGCAUGGUGACCUUGAUUUUAUCGAGAGCCUAUUAACGUCUCUUUCAGCUCAGUUGGAUGUCGAUUCAAAACCAGAAACGCUACUUGUGCAGGCAGCUUCACGGGGCCAUGGGAGCAUCGUCAUAUCCCUUCUAAAAGCUGGUGUGAAGGUUGCUUCGAGAAAGUCAGCUUCAUCUCUCCUCCAUUGGCUCUUCUGCCUGGAUGAUACAACCCUGCACGAAGUACAGCAGUUGUUGCAAGAUCAGUCUCGUAGCUCUGAUAUCCUACCUGCAUUGGACAAUGCUACCACAGAAAAAGUUAUCCUCCAUCCUCAGUGGCCAUUUCAGAUCCACGGAUCGCCUCUUGCUACAGCAAUCGCCUCUGGCAGCCUAUCGGCGGUCAGAACCCUCCUGGCCUUGGGUGCAAAUCCUUUGGCCCCUGCCUUUGCGACGAUUGAAGACAAUAUCCCCCACAAUCUCACGCCCAUCCAUCUUGCAGUGCAGUACCAUCUUUCGGAUAUUCUUCUCCUGCUUUGGGAGGCGGCAUUUGGAGAAAAGAAAGUGAUGGGUACCCCAGCGUAUCUCAUUGCCUCCAUAGGCCCCUUUCCAGUUGCUUGUGCUCUGAGUCUGUUGACAAAUGCGGAGCGAUUUGCCAUUCAUGGGGGCAAGUAUAAGCAGGAGCUUCGCAAGAUGAUUCAGUUCUUUCCAGGGGACAUAUUCCUUCAAGCAUCCCCUGACGGUAGGAAUGCCAUCACGCAGGCCAUUGAUCUUGAAGAUGUUGACUCAGUCGAGCUCCUUCUCGAACACUGCCCGAUAUUGGCAAGCAGGGAACUCGUUCAAGCUGAUAACAACACAAUGUUUACUUAUCCCUUCCAUUUUGCCGUGCAGAUUGGCUCCUGCCGUGAUACGAAAGAGUCUGAGCAAAUCCUGGAGUAUAUUCUCCAACUCGAUCCAACUGCUAUCGACCGACCCGAUAGUGCGUCAGUCAAGCCACUACACAUUGCCGCGAUGGGAUCUUCGGAUCGGAUGACCCGAUUUCUUCUGGACCGCAAUGCUUCCUGCCAUGAUCUGGAUGGAAGAGGGCGAAGCCCUCUGCACUUUUGCCGUGCGCUGGUAAACGCCAAGACUUUGAUACUUAAAGGGGUAGAUAUCAACCACAGGGACCACAUGGGCCUUACGGCUGCGCAUGCCGCAGCCGCUCAGGGAGCGGACGAAGUUUUGAAGGCCUUGAUCGACGUGGGAGCCGACCUGAAACUUGCGGACAACGAGGGGGGAUUACCAUUGCAUUGCGCUAUUCAACGGAAAUCUCGCACAACCAUAGAAAUGCUCUUAGCCGCUGGAGUUGACGUCAACGCGACGAACUCUCGUGGACAGACAUCGCUUCAUCUAGCAAUGGCUGUAGGGCGAUCUGACUUAGUCUCUCUGUUAUUUGAACAAGGAGCAGACCCAUUCAUCGAGGAUAAAUAUGGCUCUUCUCCAUUCAGCAUGUCUCUUACCUGGGAGAACCCCAGCAUCUUCACCAUGUUUCGGCUUCCCCAAACCUUCGAUAUUCGGGAUAUACAUGUUAACGCCCUGAUAUUUGCUGCUGGUAAAGGCGAACCAGCGGUUUUCCGGCAAUACUUAAGCAGACUGCCUAACCCAAGUCGCGAGCUCGAUCGUGUGCCUCUUUAUCUCCAGCAACGCUAUGUCACAGCCAUCAACACGGCAGCUGCAGCUUGUAGAGUUGAUGUGGUGGAUUUGUUGCUUGCACAUGGCUUUAAGGUUGACACUCCCGAUCUCCACAAGAGCACACCUCUCCUGCGAGCUUGCCAGGCUGGACGUCUCAACUCUGAUUUCAACCCAUAUAAUCGCACAUACAUGUGCGAGAAAUUGCUAGGAAGCGGAGCCAAUAUCUUGGCAAAGGACACCAAGGGACUGACGCCUUUCCUCGUGGCCCAAGCUCACGCGGACUACCCACUGAUGACGCUUUUCUUGGACCAUGUGCUGUCACUCAACGACAUCGAUGUAUCCGCUAGGCGCUCACGCAUACUUCAAUCCAUCAAGAGCCCCGGUAGGGAUGAGGAGUUUUGCAGAGCAUCUAGAGCUCUAAUUGGCGACGAGUUCAUUGAGCCGAGCAUACUAGCAGACGCAGUCAACCAAGAUGAAUGGGAAUUCAUUAUGACUUGCAUUGGUGGACACUUUGUCGGUAAACAGGAUCUGAGAGCAGUGAUUCCCAACAAACUAUGGACGAGCCGGCCGGGUGUGGAUAGUCUCGAUAUGCUACGCUAUCACUCAGUCCGAAUGGACCGAGAGAUGGUUCAGUAUCUGCAAUCAGGGCUUCACAAGCUCUCGAUAGCACCUGGAUGGGGUUCCAAGUAUGUUGGUCGUCGGAAUAUUGAGUUGGAUCUCCGCGAGUCGCGAGGCAGCCUGAACGAAAUCUUGUGGCCAGAAGAAAUGAAGAAGCUGAUGUCGCAGUUCAUGGCAAGAUCAGAUCCUGAAUAUAUCCAUGCAUCCAAAGCAUUGUCAGAGCUUCGGGAGCGGGUGGAAGGAUUCUGUGAAAAGUUAGAAGAAUACGUCCUUUCAAUACUCGGAAUCGCGAAAGAGCGAGAGCGCACCAUGCUCUUCAUUGAUAUUCUCAGGCUCAAAGUCCGAGGAUCGAAUCUCACACCCCUAGACCAACUCGCAACCGGCGAGCGAUUGCAAACACUGCGGGGGCAUUUGAAGAGAGAGCAAGAUCUUUGUUUGGAUCCCGAGCGAUUCAACGUUUGGAACGAGCUCCAAGAGCAAGCUCGCCUAGUUGGUGAAUUGAAGGAGAUGGCCGAUGGAGUCCAUCAACGCGCCUUGAAUAUCUCAAAAUAUCUCACUGGUACCAGUGAUGGUGACUCUGAGAAUUAUGGGAUAGAACAACAAGCAACCGAUGGGGCUGGUCUUGGAAAAGACCGUACUGAUCAAGCUUCUUUUGACUCUGACAACGAGGACCCCAUCGAGAGGUCUGCCAAGGCCUUGUUUAUCUCGAAUCAGGAGAUCAUUGAUUUCAGGAGGGAUAUUCUGUCUCGAUAUAGUAGAAAACCCCCCGAUGUGCACAGUGAUCUAUUCUAG